GCACACUAGCACGGCGGGCGCGCACCGAGUAGCUCGCUUUAUAUUGAAUUGACCUUAUUUACUCGGUACGAUCUUGAACGAGGGGUCGAUAAACCUUUCCCGUGGCAUUACAAAGUUUUACUCAGUUUCACGUAUCAGUUUACAUCGGGAACCAAUUUCGAAUCGUUCCUUCCUAUGGCAUAUUAACAGUGGUGAAAAUGGUCGAAGUCAAGAUAACCGAGGAUAUUAGAGUCGGCGGCAACAAUCCCUGCUUUAUUAUCGCGGAGGUUGGUCAAAAUCAUCAAGGUGACAUUGAAAUCGCAAAAAAGUUGAUCAAAGCUGCUAAGGAUGCAGGAGCCAGUUGUGUUAAAUUUCAAAAAACUUGCCUCAAUGAAAAGUUCACAAAGAAAUAUUUAGAUAAGCCCUAUGACAACCCAAACUCUUGGGGUAAAACUUAUGGCGAGCAUAAAACUCAUUUAGAACUAACCGAAAAUCAGUACAGAGAGCUGUUCAAAUAUGCGCAAGAGGUGGGGAUCCUGUUUACUGCCUCUGCUAUGGAUAUGGUAUCAUUCGACUUUCUAGUCAACAUCAAAGUGCCAUUCAUCAAAAUAGGCUCAGGAGAUUCGAACAACCUUCUCUUUUUGAAAUACGCCGCGUCAAAGAAGGUGCCUUUGAUUAUAUCAACGGGCAUGGUGGAUAAGAAAGCGGUGAAGACCAUUUACGAUAUCGUUUCGGCUCAACACAAACAGUUCUGUCUAUUGCAUUGCAUAUCGGCCUAUCCCGUGCCGUUUGAAGACUGCAACUUGACCGUUCUGCAAGAUUAUAAGAAUACAUUUGACGUCCCGGUGGGAUAUUCCGGUCAAGAGGUUGGGACUGCGGUGGCCUUAGGUGCAGUUGCCUUGGGAGCUAAGGUGUUAGAAAAACACAUAACAUUGGACAAGGGCUCGAAGGGCACUGAUCACGUUUGCUCGCUGACGCCCGCUGAGUUCCAGCAGCUAGUGAGAGAUGUCCGAGUCAUAGAAGCCUCGCUUGGUACCCCAAUAAAGAAAGUCGUGACAUCAGAAAUCCCCUGCAUUGACAAAUUACAAAAAUCACUAGUAAUGGGUAGUACAAAAAACAAAGGAGAAAUACUGUAUCCAGGAGACAUCAAAAUUAAGGUCGCUGAACCAAAAGGCUUGAACGCACUCCACUUCGAGGAAGUUAUUUAUAAAACUCUCGUGUAUGAUAAGAAAGAGGACGAACCAUUGAAUGAAGGAGACUUCUGCUAGUAUGACGAUAUGAUAAUGAUAUGAUAUAAUGCUACAAAUUGUAUAUGUUUCGAAUCGUACAAAGUAACUUCAUAGAUUAAAGAUUGACUUAAAGAUGGUUCAAAAUGCAUGCAUAAUAUUAAGAUAAUAAAGACAUAAUAAAAUAUAUAAAACAUCGAAUUUAUAAUAAUGAUAAGUCUGCAAGUUUUAUACCUACCUGAAACAAUUAAUAAAUAA